AUGCACCCGGGUGACGAGAUAGCCUCGUCCCUGGCGGGUGCUGCCGCGGUCGAGCCGCUGGAUCCCCGCGACCCCUUGAACCGAAUUCGCGAGCUGGAGCCGCAAUAUCGACAGCUGGUCAUCGACCUCACGUCCUCCGUGGGAGCGUAUGCGCAAGCCAUCAAGAAUCCCAGUGCAGCUUUGCGCAUGGAUCAUUUCCUGCACAAUGACGGGCGCAUCCAAGGCAAUCUCCUCAAGAUUUGUAUGCAUGGCAUCAUUUACCCCAAGCCUCUCUGGGGUGCAGGCCACAAGGCCGCCAGUAAAGCCUUUAUCGCGGUUCUCAAAACUGUACCUGCUCUUGCAGAACCUUUGUCUGAACCAAACCCAUGCAAGGCGUGUGCAUCGCUGAUGCUCCAAAAGUAUGAAGUCCUGUCCCCGGUCUUCGCCGCCAUUGAAGACUCGAGGGCCUAUUCACCCAAGGCCUUUUUAAAACAGCAAACUGCCCGUGAAAUGAUCCUGCACUGGCUCGUCGAAGUUGUUUUUUCCAUGGCGGCGCACCGUCAUGCCUUGGCACGAGUCACCGACCAGCCACCGACAGCCGCCCCGAUUGACAUGCCCGCUGUAGCUGAAAUGCGCGACACGAGACUUCAGCCCCAACUCUCAGACGAACCCCUUUUCAAUCGGCGUCGCGAGGACACCUUGCUGCCCGGCCAACCGCAACUACUCAAGCUCAAGAAGAAAGACAAGGGACGGAAGGCAAAGCGUUCUUCGGCCCCGCACCGCAAGCCAAAGGCUGACAGCGCCACCGCUAGUCCCUCCAGCCCAGCGCUGAUUCAUACCCCAUUGUCUGAGCCUCAACCCGCAGCCUCAGCAACCACGCCUGCUUCAGAGGUGACCACAGUGGUGGCACCUGAGCAGACCUCAUUGUUCUCAUGCCCCGACAGCACAGCAAUGCCCACCGACGUGACAACCGAUGAGAACUCGACAGCCGAUGAGAACUUGACGGCAACCGAACCCAGUGUUGGCCAUGUCGCCGCAGUCUCCGAUUCAAUUGUCCCGGCAGCCGCCGAGCUCCUCAUGGAUAACGUUCACAGUCUCAGUGCAGCACGAGAUGAUUCAGAGGUCGAUCGAGAUUCGCUGUGCCCGCCGUGCUCAUUAAUGUCGGCAGGACCCCCUGACAACAUGGUUGCGUCUGAUGCCAUGGAACAAACCACACCUCGAGAUGAGGCUCAGACUGUGGCUUCCGCUGAGGAGCCUGCCGAAACUUCCGAACAUGCUCCCGAGGCUCUUGAAGGCCCUGAAGUACCGUACGAAGAGGAGCCCGUCGUAGCUUCCGAGGAUCUUGCCAGCGCCGACACUUCUGUCCUGGAAGACAACAAAGUCGUUUCCGGUGCGCUCAUUGACGAAGCUUUGACAGCCACCGAGCAAGACUCUGAAGUAUUGGCACCGGAGGAGAAGUCGGAUGCUCUAUCAACUGCAUUUGUUGCCAUCACCAGCGAAGACCUGGAGCGCUUGACUGCUCGACAGCGGGAGGUCCAACAAUGGGUUGAACAAAAAAACUUGGAGGUCAAGGUGGCGCCUGACUUGCACUAUGAGUGGUGCGAUGACUGGAAGGUGGACUAUACACAUGCUGCCGUCGAUGAUGAGGUUGGCGAGGGGGAGAUGGCUAUGCGCUCGCAUAGCCUGUCUCGGACAUUGUUCACCACUCACGUCGUGGAAACCUUGACUGAUGCGUUCAACUCUGUAUUCCAAUAUCUGCUGGAUCUGCCAGCCACACUCGAGAAGUACGAGCUCUAUAACCCUCGCCACGGCACCUAUCUUAACGGCCAGGCUGUCAUGGAUGCUGGCGUGGCUGAUGCUAUGACUCCGGCACAUUUGGAUGCGGAACUACUGGCCUUCUUACAUGAAAACAACGACUCAAACUCAGAGCCAAAUUCAGAGCCUUCAGUCCAUCGCACCGUGUCCUUUGGCGUGGAUGACCAUGAGAACGAGGCAGAGGACGAGAUGUUUUGCGACAUUGACAUCGACGUACUGUGUAAAUGGGCCGACGCUCAAGUGCCCCACCUAGCCAAGUCGCUGCUCCAUGUCAAGGACGAAAAGCAGCUCGAUUUUGAGGCAGUGAAUCAACUGUUGGAAGCCCAAGACCGACGCUGCGCUGCCUGUCGCAACGACAUUGUGGCCACCGACAAUGAUUGGCAGCAAUCUGCCCAAGUGUGCUUUUUUACUGGGCGCAUUUAUUGUCAUGUGUGCCAGCGUGGCAACCGGGAGAUCAUUCCGGCACGUGCGAUCAAUCUCUGUGACUUCACUUCGUUACCCGUGUCCGACAAAGCUGCUGCCGCUCUGGGCUUGCUCCAAAUGAAAAAGUUCUACGACGUAGAUGACAUCAACAAAUCGCCUGGUCUGAAAGAACUCAACUCUGUGCAGUUGCCAGAGUGGAUUCUUCAACAAUUGGCCCAAUCCAAAGAAAAGAUGCUGCCAGCCUUGGAAGAAUGUGUACGCCUACGCAAACAGCUCUACGACCUUCUUGACCAGGCAAAAUCAAAGGGGCAACUGAUCAAGGCGCAAGACGAACUCGCGCAUGACCGUGCUUUUUAUGGCCAUGAGUACCUCUUUGACCUUGAAAAAAAGCCUAGUUGCUUUACUUUGAGCGAUUUUGCGGAGCUUGGCAAGGCCCAGUCAGCCCAACACAGCAAUCUCAUGCAUUUGUUGCGGAGUGCAAAUGCCAAGAUCCAGGCUUGGAUGCCCUCUCCGUGAGUGAGUUGACCAAUCAUGGGAGCCUCGAGUUGUCACGGAUGAAUUGUUGCGCUGCGCGCACUGGCUCUUUUACCUUGUUGUUGGUAGCAUGUUAAUCAAUCGAGUUUUUCUUCAUGUG